CUACCGCCAUACCGAGCGCACCAACACGGGAUCGUGAAAGAACUAGGUUUGAAGCCGACCUACCGAGCAUUAUAUUGGCUCAGCCCCACAGAGCUAGCCGACAUGAAGAAAUGAAUCGAGUAUCUCCUCGAAAAAGGACUCAUCCGACCAUCCACUUCACCUUACGGUGCCCCAGUACUUUUCACACUGAAAUCGGACGAAAGCAUGCGCAUGUGCAUCGAUUACCGAGCUCUCAACAAGAAGACAAUCAAGAAUAAAUACCCGUUUCAUGAGUCGGUGACCUGC